AGAAAGUGAGAUAUUCUAUUCGGUCUUUUUUGUCGGUGGAUUCUAUCAAUUGUAAUAAUCUGUCAAUCAAAAAUACACAUCUUGAAGUAGACUGCAAAAAAGUUUAUCCAUUCCGAAAAAAAAGUUGCAUCGUGAGGCAUUUUUUUAACUCAGAAAAGUUAAACCAGGAUACAAAAGAUGGGUAAGGAGAAGAUUCAUAUUAACAUUGUCGUCAUUGGACACGUCGACUCUGGUAAAUCAACAACAACGGGUCAUUUGAUUUACAAAUGCGGUGGUAUUGAUAAGAGAACUAUUGAGAAGUUCGAAAAGGAAGCACAAGAAAUGGGCAAGGGUUCAUUCAAAUAUGCAUGGGUCUUGGAUAAAUUGAAGGCAGAACGUGAACGUGGUAUUACAAUUGAUAUUGCAUUAUGGAAAUUCGAAACAGCAAAAUACUAUGUUACCAUCAUUGAUGCUCCUGGACAUCGUGAUUUCAUCAAGAACAUGAUUACUGGUACAUCACAAGCUGAUUGCGCUGUCUUGAUUGUCGCAGCAGGUACUGGAGAAUUCGAAGCUGGUAUCUCAAAGAAUGGUCAAACACGUGAACAUGCUUUGUUGGCUUUCACAUUGGGAGUCAAACAAUUGAUUGUUGGUGUCAAUAAGAUGGACUCAACAGAACCACCAUACUCUGAAACUCGUUUUGAGGAAAUCAAGAAGGAAGUUUCAUCAUACAUCAAGAAGAUUGGUUACAAUCCAGCUACUGUUGCUUUUGUUCCAAUUUCUGGAUGGCAUGGAGAUAAUAUGUUGGAACCAUCAGACAAGAUGCCAUGGUUCAAGGGCUGGGCUGUUGAGCGCAAGGAAGGCAAAGCUGAUGGAAAAUGUCUCAUUGAGGCUCUUGAUGCCAUCUUACCUCCAAGUCGUCCAACUGACAAACCAUUGCGUUUACCACUCCAAGACGUCUACAAAAUUGGUGGUAUUGGAACAGUACCCGUCGGUCGUGUUGAAACUGGAGUUUUGAAACCAGGUAUGGUUGUCGUUUUCGCACCAGUUAACUUGACUACUGAAGUUAAGUCAGUUGAAAUGCAUCAUGAAGCUCUUCAAGAAGCCGUUCCCGGAGACAACGUUGGUUUCAACGUUAAAAACGUCUCAGUCAAGGAAUUGCGUCGUGGAUAUGUCGCUGGUGACAGUAAGGCAAGUCCACCACGUGGUGCUGCUGACUUUACUGCUCAGGUUAUUGUAUUGAACCAUCCAGGUCAAAUCGCCAAUGGAUAUACACCUGUCUUGGAUUGUCACACUGCUCACAUUGCAUGCAAGUUUGCAGAAAUCAAGGAAAAAUGCGAUCGUCGUACUGGUAAGACCACAGAAGAGAAUCCAAAAUCAAUCAAAUCUGGUGAUGCAGCCAUCGUCAAUUUGGUUCCAUCAAAGCCAUUGUGUGUUGAAUCAUUCUCUGAAUUUCCACCAUUGGGUCGUUUCGCUGUUCGUGACAUGAGACAAACAGUUGCAGUUGGUGUAAUCAAAGCUGUUAACUUUAAAGAAGCGAGUGGUGGUAAAGUAACAAAAGCCGCAGAAAAGGCAGCAAAGAAAAAAUAACUAGAGAAUCUUAAAACCGGUAAAAUUGCUGCAAACGUCAGCAACACUCAACUUUUUCAUGAUUUAAAAUACAUUGACAAGAGUCACCAUGCUGUUGAUAAGAAUGAUGCACAUCGUCCAUCUCAACUUAUUUCUUCUAUUCCGAAUAAGACCUUUUUCUUCACAUACCUUCAUUCAUUUUUAAUCUUUCACCAUCAUCGCAGGAAAAAGUUAAGCGAAACUGUUUUCCAGUUGGACACACUGAAUUUUUAUUUAGUUUCGUUUUUUAAGACUUUUUUAAAUAAUUUGUCACUGAUAUCUACUAUCAGGAACAAUGCAAUGCAUGCUUUCGCAUAUUUAUGAUGACAUCACAACU